GUUGCGCGGUAUUGAGUAUUCCCUGCAGUGUAUUCGCAGUGGUUAAUGCUUAAAGGUCACCUGUGGUUAACUUAUAACUUUCUGCUGUUAUAUUUUUAAGCACUGUUGUAGACGUAGCAUAGCAGCGAGUUGGAUUUUAUAUUUCCCGCGUAACAUUUAGCUCUCGUAAAUCAAAUGAAUUAUACACCCGUGGCUGUCCUUAUCGAUAUGUGGACAAGAUAUAUCGCCUGUUAGUUUGCUCAGACAGCCUCAGCGAACUCUGAAAAACAUGGGAGACAUAGAAGUUGAGGCAGAAAAUCGUUGGACUUGUCCAAAUGACCGACAAUUGGUUUUGCGAGCCAAGUUGAAUGCUGGAUGGUCGUUCCAUAGUGGGGGCCCGGCCAAAAAGCCAGCGAAAACUACGAUAUCAGAGGCCGAACAAGAAAUUAUUAAGAAUGUCAUCCAAAGAGCAGAUCGGAUACAACUCCAAGAGGAAGGAAGAGUUGGCCGUCUUGUGGAAAAGCUUGAAAACCUUCGGAAUAAUGCUAUUGGGAAUGGAAGGGACACUUGCCUGCUCUGUGCAAGCAAGUUUGGUUUACUGAAGACCAUUGACAAGGAAUGUGAUAUCUGUGAAAAGAAUGUCUGUAAGAAAUGUGGUGUUGACACCCAUAACAGUGUUGGACAACCCAUCUGGCUUUGCGUACUAUGCAGUGAGCAGAGAGAGCUAUGGAAGAAAACGGGGGCGUGGUUCUUCAAGUCCAUCCCAAAAUACACAGGGGGCCCACUCGGAGGCCUGAGCGUCGAUGGAUUGUCCAAUACUAGAUCGGACACAAUCAGUUCUACGUACUCAUCAGAUCAGACGUGGACUCAGAUCACCAGAUCGAAAGACACGCUUGAUUAUGACAACGUCUCGUACGGAGAUGAAGACGGCACCGCCAGCUCAUCUUCCGAUGAGAUACUUCUUGAAGGACCGAGCUACGCCCGAGAGGUCGCGUCCGACAACAAAUCGAUCGCAUCCGACGAGUUUAGCCUCUAUCACAACAACGUGGUGUCCUCGCUAGCUCCCGAUACCCCACCGGAACCAUUCCGACGGCGCACCGGUGCUGUAGCGCAGUCCAGUAGCAUUGUGCAGAAGCGUAAGAAGAACAGCCGAGAAAGUAACGAUGGGGUUGUAGUUGAUGCCCCAUCUCGUCAGCGAGAUACGGCACCUGGCGACGAGGAAGACAUCGAUGAGCUCGUAAAGAAAUACAAACAGGGCGAGGGAGACCGCGCCAGAGAUUCUUCAGGUCUGGGAUUACUGGAAUUCACGCUUCGCUACCAAAAACUUGACAGCCGUUUAGAUGUCGUCCUACAUGACGCGAAGGGAUUGAAACCCAUGGACCAUGGAGGCACCUCAGAUCCCUACGUCAAGCUGCAUCUUCUGCCAGGUGCAAGUAAGAGCAACAAGCUCAGGAGUCACACAAAGUACAAAACUCUGAAUCCAGUCUUCAAUGAGACGCUGACAUACUACGGCAUAACUGAAGAAGAGAUCUCGUCCAAGACCCUCAGAUUGCAAGUAUUUGACGAAGACACGAUCGGGAGAAACGAUUUUAUCGGCGAGACUUCAAUCAAUCUCAAGUUACUUAACAGCAACCCUACGCAGACUUUCAAACGAAGCCUCAUCCCUAAAGCUCUCCUUGAUACAGGUCCGGACUCGCCCCACUCCCCGCUCGGUCGUAUUCAGCUUGCCCUCAAGUAUAACACCCAACGCGGGAUGCUGUUCGUGACGGUGAUGCGGUGCUCUGGCCUCGCUUCCAUGGACGCGAAUGGUUACUCCGAUCCUUACGUCAAAUGUUAUCUCAAGCCUGACCCACAAAAAAAAUCUAAACGACGCACGAACAUCAGAAAGAAAACGCUGAACCCAGAAUUCAACGAGGAGUUCGUAUACGACAUUGCGCAUCAUGAACUUGCCAAGAAGUCCCUGGAAGUGACUGUGUGGGACUAUGACGUCGGCAAAAGCAACGAUUUUAUCGGUGGUGUUAUACUCAACAUAAACGCGGAAGGCUCGGCUCUCAAGCACUGGUAUGACAUGCUCAAGGGACCGAAUCAGCUCCACACGCAGUGGCACACGCUGGAAAACGUGAACGCGCACGACGACUAAGCGUGACCGGAGACGACAGAGAUUUCGGUGUUGAUCACGUGAUGUGGUACGAGUCCCUAGCUGAACCGUGAGCCCGCGUUUACCCAUGUGCAUGGGUCUCUUGCUCAACCAGCUUAGGUAGAGAUUAUACGGAGAAUCGCAUCUGAAGCUCGGCGAGACAGCAAAAUAAAUCAAAUGCAUGAAAUCAUAGGAUAUUACAACUAUAAAAUAUUAUAAGCGGAACAACUUAAGAAUGCGUACGAUACAGAGGUUAUCUGUAGGAGGAGAGGUUUUCAAUAUGUGUGAUAUGAGAAUGUGAGAAAUAUUUACAAAUAUCGGUAUGCUCAUAUCGACUAAAGGAGGAAUACAAGAGGCGUAACAAAAUAGACAUAACAUCUAGUUGUAUUAUAAAUUUAUUGAGCAAACGGGAGUUGCUAUGGUAAUUUUGAGGUACGCCGUUAUUGGAAAAUGUUUGUGCAAAUUAAUAACUCGUUGGAGUGGAGGCAGAUAAUAAAGCGAGUGUGUUGGUAAAAUUUA